AUGUGUUGUACAUCGAAUGUUGUAAUUCUAGAUAAGAGAAACAAAGCAUCACUUCAUGCGGCAAAAACUUCUAGAGUGCAAAUGGAAGAGCUUGCACAACAACAUGUGCAUAAAGCAUCAAACGGGAAUAUCAUAAUUAACGGUAGAGAUCCAAUAGUAGAUGUAGUUGAAAACACAUCUAACGCCACCAAUGGUAAGAGAAAGAGAGUGUCACUUCCUGCGCCCAAAACCACUAGAGUGCAAAUGGAAGAGCUUAUAGUGCAACUUGCGCCUAAUGCGUUAGAUGAGUCAAUAGCAGAUGUGGUUGAUAACACUUUUGAUGCGACCAACGUGGCUGAGAAACGAGGUCGCGGUCUUACUCGAGGGUUAAAUACACAAAAGUAUGUUCGCAAAUGUGGAGAGAAGCCAAAAAUUGUGAUUCCGAGAGGAGUCAACAAGCCUAUUGGGGAGCACAGCUCGAAGCACGCCACUCAAAUUGGGGUAUUGAUUAGGCUUGACGCUCCAAUGCAAGUAGCGGGUUGGGCAAAAAUUCCAGUUGAGGAAAAAGAAGAUCUUUUCAGAAAGUUGAUUUCUUAUGCUAAACAGUACUCCACGUUUCGAUCCAAUGCUCAUAAGCAUUAUCAAACGAUCAGAGAUAAAAGUGGUGUGAGACUAGCUAGACAAAGUACUUAUGAAAAACUUGCCAAUCGCCAUGACGAUUGGCUUUCGUUAUGCGAUUUCUGGGAGACAGACACAUUUAAGAAAAUUUCAGAGACUCAAUCUAACAAUAGAGAUAAGCUGAAAUAUAGUCAUAAAUUUGGGACUAAAUCUCGUGCUGCUCAUCAACAUGAGAAUAUUAGUCAUAGUCUGGAUGAUGUUGAUAUGUACACGGUUCAAUUCUACAAUGCAAAGAAUGGAUGGUCCGACAAAGAUGCCGAGGCUAAAAGUGCUCAAAUGAAAGAAUUGAAAGAACAACAACAAGCUUUGCCAGAAGGUGAACGUAUGAACGCAGAAAAGAUUUGCAUUACUUUCCUUGGAGAAAAUUCAUCAUAUGCAAAAUCAAAAGGUCUCAACAAAAAGUCAUCACGUAGUAAUGUUUCUUUACCUUAUGAAUUAUCUACUAGUGGAGCACGAUUAGAAGAAGAGUUAGCGACCACACAAGCGGAUUUGGCAAGUGCAAAAGCUGAAUUAGCUAUUCAAAAGACCACAGUAGAGGCUGUGGUGAAAUGUGUUGAGAAGAUGACCGGUAGAAUCUUUUCUGAAAUAAUUGAUACCGAAACAUUUUCUGAUUAAUACGAUCACAUGGAUACAGUUAUUGGAUUGAGGUAUAUUUAGAUUAAUUAGAUUAAUUGCUUCUAAGAGCAAUAUUUUAUUUAUGUUUUUAAGUUCAUGAACUAUUUAACACGACGGAAUGUUUAUCCCUUGAUU